UCCCGACGAUUUAUGACGCUUUCAAUUUUCUCUGUUUUUUUACCCCGUGUCAGCUAUUUGCCCAUCAUUUUUGGAUCAGAAGAUUGCAAGUAAGCAAUUUGCCCAUCAUUUUUAGGAUCAGAAAAUUGCAAAUAAAGUUCACUGCUGUUUGUUUUCUGAUUUGGAGAGAGAGAGAGAGAGAGAGAGAGAGAGAGAGAUUGUUGAGGCCAUGGAUUUGGGUGAUGAGAAUGGCUACUCUGGUUUCCAGUCUCUGAGCAUCGCAACAAAGAGUGCAAUCUACGUUUGGGGCUACAACGAGAGUGGGCAAACAGGAAGGAAUGGCAAAGAAUGCCAUCUCAGAGUACCAAAGAGGUUGCCGUGGACACAUUUCAAGCUCAAAUCUCGAUUCAUCGACAUUGCUUGUGGGCGAGAACACACCGCCGCUGUUUCAGCAGAUGGAAGCCUCUUCACUUGGGGUUCCAAUGAUUUUGGUCAAUUGGGAGAUGGAACUGAAGAAAGCAGGAAACAUCCGAAGAAAGUGAAACAAUUACAGUAUGAAUUUGUGAAGUCAAUAUCAUGUGGAGCUCACUGCACAGCGGCCAUUGCUGAACCUCGUGAAAAUGAUGGGACCCUAUCAUCUUGUAGGCUUUGGGUUUGGGGCCAAAAUCAGGGGUCAAAUUCUCCACGCUUAUAUUGGGGUGCUUUCUCUCCAAACACGGUUAUACGCCAAGUUUCUUGUGGAGCAGUUCAUGUUGUUGUUCUCUCAGAAGACGGUUUGCUACAGGCAUGGGCAGGCUACAAUGAGUGUGGUCAGCUUGGCAGAGGUAUUACUUGUGAAGGACUACAAGGGGCUCAAGUUAUAAGAGGUUUCUGCAAGUUCCUUGAUGAAGCCCCUGAACUUGUGAAGAUUACCCAUGUAUCAUGUGGGGAAUAUCAUACUGCAGCUAUAUCUGAUAAUGGCGAGGUAUAUACUUGGGGAUUAGGAAGCAUGGGUCAACUUGGGCACUGCUCUCUCCAAUAUGGAGACAAGGAGCUUUUGCCUCGAAGAGUGGUUGCUCUUGAAGGGAUGGUUGUAAAGGAUGUUUCUUGUGGUGGGGUCCACACAUGUGCUAUAACUGUCAAGGGGGCUUUGUAUGCUUGGGGUGGUGGUCAAGCAGGGCAAUUAGGAUUGGGCCCACAAAAUGGGUUCUUUUCUUGCAACUCUUCUGCCGAGGCAGAGAUAUUUUUACGUAAUAUCCCUGUCUUGGUUAUACCAAAUAGUGUGGAACUUGUUACUUGUGGGCACUCCCAUACACUUGUGUCCACUAAGGAUGGAAGGAUCCAUGGAUGGGGUUAUAAUAGCUAUGGACAGGCGGCUAACAAGAAGUGUACAUAUGCUUGGUACCCAUCACCUGUUGAUUGGUGUGUUGGAGUUGCAAGGAAGCUGGCAGCUGGUGGGGGCCACUCAGCGGUGCUUACUGAUGCUUAUACACUUAAAGAAUUGUGCGAAUUCAGGCUUGCAGAUAGUGUCAAUUUGUCAAAUGCAACUGAGAUUGAGGAUGUUGCUUCUCGAAAUGAUUCGGAUGCUUUAGCCCGACUUUGCAAGAGAUUGAGGGAACAGUGGCUUACUGUUAGCAGCUGUGACUGUGACGAAGAAAAAAAAGUAGUAGCAGCUAACAAAGAGGCCUAAGAAACUCUGGAACUCAAAGAAAGAGUCCACGAAGUUGAAUAAUUUAUACAUUGGUCUACACUGUAUCUGCACAUUGCAGGUCUGAUAAUAGUCUUUUAAUCUUGUCAUGUAUAACAACUUUAAACAUAAAUCAACUAUUAUAAAUCAACUAUUACAUGAA